AUUGUUUUCUUGAAAAAUGUGUGCGAUAAUAUUUUUUUCAUGAUCCAAUUGGAUUAUUUUUCAAACCAUAUUGAAGUUCGAAGCUGGAAAAAUGCUGGGUCAAAGAUCUUUCACACUGCUGCUCGUUGGCUUGGUGGUAUCGGAGUUCCUGAUCGUGGAUGUGAGUGGAGCACCAUCUGGGGGAAACGUAAACGAAAAAGACAUAUAUGGAAAGGCAGCUUUGCAUGACGCUGCUCAGACUGGUAAUGUGAAGGAAGCUCAAGAACUCAUCGACGAUGGAGCUGAGGUUAAUAUUGAAAAUAAUUCCAAGGAUACACCUCUUCAUUUGGCUGCUUUCAAUGAUCAAAAGAAUGUCGCUGAACUUCUACUCAGUAAAGGAGCUAAUUAUGAAAUGAAAAAUAAUUU